CUUAUUAAAUAGAUUAUGCCUGAACUAAAUAUAGAAAAAACCAAGAAAACCCUUGGUCAGAGUAUCAAAAGGCCGCCUUUAUCAGAGAAAUUGCUGUCAAAGCCACCAUAUCGCUACCUUUAUGACAUAAUAAUGGAGGUGAACAAUGCCUCUGGUUUUUUCAAAGGUGUUUUUAAUAGUGACGAAAGUGCUCCACCUGGUAAAGAAACCGCAAAAGAAAUAAAAAUAUCCUUUCUUCAAAAAGCCAUCGACGUCAUUCAGAUCAGCACAGGAAAAUCUAUAUCAGCAAAACCCACCAAAAUUAUUGCAGGCCAUGAGCCCGAAAAAACGAACGAGAUGCUUCAGAUACUUGGACAAGCUUUACUUGACAAAGUAGAUUCAGGAAGUGCAAUCGAGAGUGUUUUAAACGGAGGCAAACCUUCUGAUAAGCGAAAGCAGUCUGCAAAAUCGAGCAGUCAAAACGAAGCAGAAGACAAAAAAUCAGAGAAACCGCCAAUGCGGUCAAGUGUGAAUGGAAAGGACAAAAGUCGGAAGCCAGUAGAAACAUCUGAGAAAGACUCCCGCCGAAAACACCGCUCCUCCAAACCAGACAGCGACGAAAAAGAAAAGAGUGCUACAAAUGGACACAUUUCUCCAUCGGACGAGAAACAGUCCCGAAAAGAAACCUCCUCUUCGGUCAAGACCAGAGAGCGUUCGAGUGAGGAGAAAAGAGAGUCGAAGGAAAGAGGGGAGAGGGAUAGGGAGAGAUCCUCCAGGAAGUCCAGAUCCCACAACAAAGACAACAGCAAGGAGGCAGGCGACAGAGCGCCAGCAGAUGCAGACAAUACUACAAACGAACAUGCAGCAGAAGAAAUAAUAGACCACCAGACUCCCACAGCUCAGACUUUCAAACGACCAACUUCGGCAAAAGGACACCGCAGACGCCAAGUACACGGGGACUCAGACGGCGCAGAGGAGAACAGCUCGGAACAAACGGCACCCGCUCAACCGACAACCUCCGGAUCUCCGGCUCCUGAAGACGAGAACGAACAGACACCCGCGAGAGGCGAGAGUGAGAAUGAGAGCCGAAAGCAGCAGUCGGGGGGCAAUACGACUUCGUCGGCAGCAGCUCCUCCGCCUCCUUCGUCUCAGUUGGUACAGGGUGGUGCACCCCGUCCUAUGAGUUCGCGACCAGCAGCUCCUCGAAAAAGGAACAAUGCAAACUCCUCAACCGAGAAAGCGUUCGUUGGGAAGGAUAAGCCAAUAAACUCAAAAAAUUCGAGCAGCCAGGGUGGUGAUUCCGCCACACAGAUUAUAUAUGACAAGCCAGUCAAGAAAGCAGAUGACAGUUCUGAUGAUGAUGACGACGACGAUGUGGUCAUCGUCACACAGGAAACUAUGGAUGGUGCUAUGCGGAAUGGGUACGACAGGGGAUCCAAUUUGGGCGGUGACGCUGGCGCGGAGGGAGAAGAACAUGGAGGUCUGGUGCAGAAGAUUCUAGAAACUAAGAAGACCGACGAGCAGGCAUCCUCAGCAGCUGCUGCCAAGACGACAGUCACAAUUGACAAGAGUGUGAUCUCGCGGGAGCAAGAGGCUAUCACGAAGCGGACCAAGGCGCUGCAGGAGAAGCUUCAGACAUUGGUGAAGAGUGCGGCUCCUCUGAAGCAGAUAAUGAACUAUGUGCAGGAGGACGUGGACACCAUGAAUAAAGAACUGAAUUUCUGGUCGCAGGAGAUCCUGAAGAAUGACCAGCUGCUCCAAAGAGAGAAACAAAAGACAGACCGUGAGCUGGCUCCUCUCUUGGAGGGUCUGGAAUUCCUGGACCAGAAAGUCGCCGAAACCACUGAGCUCAUCAGGAGCAAGAAAGCCAAUGUGAUCCAAAAUGAACAGACAAUGUGCAAACUACUGACCAGAAGUGGCUCAAAUUAACUUCACGCUGAAAUGAAUUUACUGGGAAAACAAUUCGAAAUCUGAUGAGAAUUUUCUUCUAUGUUGUGUAACUUUACCUUUAAAUGUCUUUUAAACUGCGUAUUGUUGAAAUGUAUCAAUGUUAAUAAAAUCCAAAUAAAAAUUCUACCGUGUUAAAUACUUACAGUCGUUGUAAAAACUAUUUUUGAAGCUUUUUAAAUUCUUCCUUUUUGUCAAAAAAGAGUGAAAAUUAGUAUUGAGCGGCUUAAGCUAUAAAUGUGCUUCUCUGAAUUUAUAACUUAAAAAAAUUUCACUCUUUUUAUUUAAAGCUCGUAAUUUAGAAUAAUGGUGGGCUAAUUUCUUGACUAAAUUUCAAGAGCUGUUGGUGAAAACAAAUUAAUGAAUGCAGUCAUAAUUUGUUCUGUUUUUGUUUGUGACUGAUUGACAAGAUGUAUAAUUUUUCUUCACGUCUUCAUUACAUAUCACAUUUUUAGCGUGCUCACCAGAAUUUAGUUUAUGGAGGUUGAAUUUAAGUUUGAUUUUUUG